ACUUCCGGGGAUGAUUUUCUGGUCCAAUUUUAAUUAAUUUUGUUAUCAUUGCCUUAUUAAUGUAUUGUCCCUUAGUUCAAUUUAAGAGACUAAACAUAUGAGUCCAGGCUUAUGUAAAGACUGUGAAUUUCUGGUAUGACUACAAUGAAAUGACUGGUGGAGUAUGUCCUUGUUUAGAAAGUUACUUGGGAAUCAGGAUGGGGGUGGACAGAAGGCACCCCCAUCUGGUUUACAGACGAUGGGAGUACAGCUACAGAGGAGGUUUGCUAGAGGAGUUCAGUAUAACAUGAAAAUAGUGAUUCGUGGAGACAGAAAUGUUGGGAAAUCAUGUUUAUUUCAUAGGUUACAAGGUCACAAGUUUAAAGAAGAAUACAUUCCAACAGAAGAAAUUCAGGUUUGCAAUAUACAAUGGAACUAUAAAACCACAGAUGAUGUUGUGAAGGUCGAAAUUUGGGACGUGGUAGAUAAAGGCAAAAAGAAAAAGAAACCUGAAGGACUUAAAAUGGACAACUCAGUAAAGGAUGCUCCUGAUGAGCCUUGUUUGGAUGCAGAGUUUAUGGAUGUGUAUAAAGGAAGUCAUGGUGUUAUAUUGAUGUAUGACAUAACAAAACAAUGGACGUUUACUUAUGUAGAGAGAGAGAUGGAGAAGGUACCAGCACAUAUCCCAGUAUUAGUUCUAGGUAACCAUAGAGACAUGGGACAUCAUCGUACAGUCACGGAAGAUAAAGCACGCUAUUACUGCCAGCAUUAUGACAGACCAGAGGGUUCUGGUGAAGUGAGGUAUGCUGAAUCAUCUAUGUGUAAUGGCUUUGGUUUGAGAUAUAUGCACAAGUUCUUCAACCUGCCUUACUUACAGCUCCAGAGAGAAUCCUUAUUGAAACAGCUAGAGGUUAAUUCAGAAGACUUUAGGUCAACUGUUGAAGAAUUGGAUAUUCAUGAAGAAUCUGAAGAACAAAAUUAUGAUGUGUUCAUUGAUAAUUUAAGCAAUAAAAGAAGACAGCAACAAGACAAAUUUUCAGGGUCAGCUACAUCAGAGUCAGAUCUCAAACAAGAGGUUGUCAUAGAGAACGCUUCAGCCACUGGAGUGCCAAAAUCAUUAUCUAUGCCUGCUUUACAACAGACAACUAUUUCUAAUAAAUCUGAAUCAAAAACACCAACAAACCAGGAACCAGUUCCUCCUAUUAGUUCUCCAGAUGAAAAACCGGCAAAACAAGUCAAAUCACCAGAUCAACCUCCAGCAAAACAAGUCAAAUCACCAGAUCAACCUCCAGCUAAACCAGCAGAACCAGAGCAAAAAACUGGUUUCUUCUCUAGACUGUUUAAAAGUAAAGAAACUCAUGUGGAGAAAAAAGAUGUAAAAGAAACAAUAAAGGAAGAUGAUCCAGUUACAGAUGUGGAUGAGUUCAUUCCAGAUGGAGGGGCUAUUGAUGCAAGCUUCUUGGAUGAUUCCAAAGACACUAAGGAGAGUGGAAAGAGUAAGAAUGUGGAAGAGAGUGAUAGUGAGGAUGAAGGUAAUCCAAUGGUUGCAGGAUUCCAAGAUGAUUUAGACUCUGAUGAUGAUUUUAUUCCUACACAACUUGCAAGUGAUGAUAGUGACUCUGACCAUGAUAAUACGCAGACUCAUUCAAAAUCAAACAUUCGAAGGAAACAAAGCAAUGAGUCAGAUGUAAAUCAUUUUGAUAACACUGAAUCAAACGCCAAAGUGAUUGAGAGUGAUGACUCUGAUCAUAACAUUCCUGUAACUAAGGAUGAAUCAGACAUUGAUGAUAAUACCAUCACUCAGGUAACAGUCGCUGCAGACGAUUCAGACAUAGAAGAAAAUGUAAACAGUCAUGUGUUAGUUACUGAUGAUGUGUCGGACAUUGAAGAUAAUGUGGAUAGUCAUGUGACUGUUGCCAUUGAUCAGGAUAUUAGUGACGAUGACACUGUAACUAAAGACAAGGAAAUUAAUAAUGGGACCGAAAAUUUAAAUACUACAGCUGACCAACGACUUAGAAGUGAUUCUGACCUUGGACAGCAACCUGACUUUGGUGAUUGGCUAGAUACUUUAGAAAGUAAAAAUAAAAAGGAUGCAAAAACAACUCAUGUUUCAAAAGACAAAAUUGAUGUACCUGCUCCUGAUGCAAUAAAGAAAAAGAAAAAAAAGAAAAGAGACAAAGAAGAAACGGUUGAUGAUGACAAGAAAAAAAGUAAAAAGAAAGACAAAAGUAAAACAAAAAAAGAAAAGAAGAAGAAAAAGAAAGAUUCAGAUGAAGAAGAUUUAGAAAGUUUUUUAAAUGAUGUUCCUUCACAACCAAGUGGUGAUUAUGACGAAUUGUGAUGAAUGGUUAAAUGGAUUUUAAAAUUUAGGGACAUAAGAAAUAGUUAGAUUAAUUAUGUAAAUUAAAUGAAUGACGCUGUUAUAUAUAUGCUCAAAAGAGAGAAUGCUACUACUGAAUUUGAAAUAUUUUGUAGAUUAUGCUAUACUAUUAAUAAUUAAUCAAUAUGGCGGCUACAUAAAAUUAAACAUCACAUCUCAAAUUAGAUCUCAAUUUUUGAAUUCCUUCAUUUAAACUACUGUUAAUUCAAAAAUAAUUGCAAGGAUUUUAUUUAUGCAAUUAAUGCGACUGAUAGAGUUUUGCAGUAUUAAGAACCUUUGUUCUGAUAUUUGAUACAUGUAUCCUCAUGCAGAUUUUCCUGAAAUCUCAAUCGUUAAAUGGCAUUUGUCAUAAAUGGUGUAAAAUUAUACAUCAAAUGAGAUCUCAUAUACUUUGAAUUCUUCAUUUCAACUUUUAGAUUCUUAGGUAACCACAUACUUGCCUAUGCUUAUGGCUUGUCUUAUGAUAAAUCAUGCUUGCCUACUUAUUUUAAGAUUAUUUUUUUUUUUUCCUGAGUCUGGUUGUUGUUUGAAAAUGUUAUAAUAAGACUGCCAUUAUAUAUAUUAUAUUUGUACUAGUUAAAAUAGUAAUAAAAAUUGCAAUUAUAAUUGGCUGGGUUAAACCACUACACUGCAAUGGCUAUUUUUUAACUAUUUUAUUAUUUUGCUUCUGAAUGUUUACAAGAGUGUUUGAGUUAUUUGAAAAACAGAAAACAUGAAUGUUUGUUUUAUCAUAGGUCAAUCUGUAACUUUAUCAUUGUCAGUAGACUGGAUCAAGACUUAUACCCUUACCAUGUUGUUGUUAUACUAUAUUUAAUUAUAUUACAGUGGGUGGGUUUCAUCUGUUUUUGUCAAUAUACAUGUAAAUAUUUAUCAUAAAAUUAAUAUGUGUAUAUUUCUAAAACAGUAUCUUUUUCCCCAUACAAUAUUAAAUAAAAAAAUAUGUUGUACUUUUGUUAGUAGGAAAACAUCCAAGUGAUGGAAACCGUUCCAAUUUAAAAUUACCAUAUUUACAAGAAAAAUUGAAUUAAAGUGCUUUUUAUGAAGUCAACCAUUAGGUAAUUUUCUUAACACAUUUAACUUCAUCUGAACAAAAUUAUAAUUUAAAUAUAAUCUUUCCUGACCAUGUGACUUCUGUACAGUUUAAAUAUAUACUUUUCUGACCAUGUGACUUCUGUACAGUUUAAAUAUAUACUUUUCUGACCAUGUGACUUAUGCAGUUUAAAUAUAUACUUUCCUGACCAUGUGACUUAUGCACAGUUUAAAUAUAUACUUUCCUGACCAUGUGACUUAUGCACAGUUUAAAUAUAUACUUUCCUGACCAUGUGACUUAUGCACAGUUUAAAUAUAUACUUUCCUGACCAUGUGACUUAUGCACAGUUUAAAUAUAUACUUUCCUGACCAUGUGACUUAUGCACAGUUUAAAUAUAUACUUUCCUGACCAUGUGACUUAUGCAAAGUUUAAAUAUAUAUUUUCCUGACCAUGUGACUUAUGCACAGUUUAAAUAUAUACUUUCCUGACCAUGUGACUUAUGCAUCAAAAUGGUUGUUAGGUGUUUGACUGACUAAUCAACAUCAUAUUGGUUUACUUAAUUCCUAUGCACUUAGUGAUAUUUAGUAUGGAAUAAUUUGGAAUGUUAUAUUACAUGAUUAUGAAGUCUUAUUCUGCGUACAGAAAUGUACAUAAUGUAAAAUCUUACAAUCAUGAAUCAAAUUAACAUUUCAGUUCAGAUGAGUGUGUAGCCACAUGUGCACCAGAAUUGUUUGUCAUUACGGGGUACUGUUAACAAACUUACCAUUUAGAUUGUAAUGGCAUUUUUUUGGGCCCAAUAUGGUCAAAUCCAAACUGUGACCUUGGAAUGCUUGGCAAAAUCUUGCUACCUGAUAUCUCAUUUAAAGUGACUCUUGAAUAUGCUUAAAAUUUACCUGGUGACCUGAGCUAAUUUUGAAUGAGACCUUGUGAACUAUGAGAGGUACCCUACUGGAGCACCAUAUUUGUAAAUGCAUUAAGUAGUA